AUGACAAGCAGAACCUCGAUAAAUGACCGCAAGUCUAGAAAACGAGAGCUGGAUCGUAAAUCCCAGCGAUUAGCCCGCCAACGAACAAGAAGUCGUAUGGCACAUCUCGAAACAUUGGUGGCUAGUUUCCAAGAGGCAGACGAGGAUGCUCGCUUCUCCUCUCUGAUCGAACAGCUCUCCGAGUUGACCAACUUCUUUCCAUUACGUUCUUCUGGGAUUGAGAAUGCCGACAGUGCUCCAUCAAGGAACAGUAGCGACGGGGCCCAGGCUGGGCAUAACCCUGAGUCCCUGGAUAUAGAUCAUCUUCUGUUCCAGCUACCUCCUCUAUCCCAAGACUUCUUUCACGCUGCGCUUCCACAGGUUGCCCCACUAGAAUGUGAAUGCAUGCUCGGGACAUCGUACGACACAGGCUCGACGCUUAGCAUCUGGCGCCAACUCAAUGAUCUCUACCAGCCAUUGGUCCACGCAGACCUCGCAGCGGAGGACAGAGAAAGCGAAGAUUCAAUUAUCCGUGCCGUGCUAUACGGGUGGAAUAGUGUCGGUGCAGCGGGACGAGCGCUAACCACUUACCGUACGCUCCGCACCGUAGAUGAGCUUCACGGUGUGAAGCCCAAUCCUACCGACCGACUGGCUCUAUUGGGAGUGAUGCGUCUGAUGCUGAUAAGCCAGAGCAGCACAAGAAAAGCCGAGCUACCACGUUGGCUCCAAGCCAGGCCAUCUCAGAACCUUCCUCAUGCAGCCGCUAUCGACUUUGUCUUCUGGCCCGGUGUGCGAGAGCGUAUGGUCUUCUCGGAGCAUGAAUACUGCAGCGGCUCUUUUUGGCGCGGUGCGUAUUCGAGCACAAGGCUCAUAUGGCCUCUCAGACUGUCUGAUGCCUAUGUACUGAACUCGGUGACUGGUAAAUUUCACUUUUCGCCGUCCUUCCGCAUGUUUAUUCGGGAUCUGAGGAACUGGACUGUCUCACCCGAGUUUUUAAAACAAUAUCCAGAGCUACACAAUGAUAUCAAAGGAUACUGA